AUCCUAGAACUUACCACCAGGAUCACUGAGCUGCUGAGCAGAGAGGUUGCUAUAAGGUGUCAGGAUGUCGCUGUCUAUUUUUCCAUGGAGGAGUGGGAAUGUUUAGAAGAACAUAAGGAUUUUUACAAGGACGUCAUGAUGGAGAAUCACCAGUCCCUCACAUCACCGGAUGGAUCCCGUCAGAGAAAUCCACCAGAGAGAUGUCCCAGUCCUCUGUAUUCCCAGGACUGUCCAGAGGAAACGCAGAAUGUCCCACUGGAUCAUCAGGAAUUUAUUGAUGGAACAGCAAGUGAACUCGAAGAACCCAUAUCAGUGUCCAUAAUUGGUGAAGACGGGAUGAGUGUCUCCCAUGAAUAUCUCCGUACAUCUUUAUAUGAUGAAGAAGAAGAUAACAAUACCACAGAAGCUAAUUCAGUAUCUCCUAAUGCACCCUCAGUCCAUGACAGUGAAGAUCUAUUCACCGAUACCGCUGGUCACGAGAUUGUCAGAACAAGAAUUAAACAGGAACAUGAGGAAAUAUUUACAUGUGAGAAACAGUUUAGAGAGGACUCUUAUCUUUCUGUGCUUGAGAGAAAUCACGGAGAUACAAGGUCAUUGUGCUCUGAAUGCGGGAAAUAUUUUAUGCCGAAUGUAAUUCUAGUUGGAAAUCAGAGAACUCACACAGGGGAGAAGCCAUAUUCGUGUUCAGAAUGUGGGAAAUGUUUUAUUCAGAAAUCGCAUCUUAUGAGCCAUCUAAAAAUCCACACAGGGGACAAGCCACAUUCAUGUGUAGAAUGUGGGAAAUCUUUUCAUCGGAAAUCACAUCUUGUGAGCCAUCUAAGAACUCACACAGGGGAGAAGCCAUAUCCAUGUUUAGAAUGUGGGAGAUCGUUUAGUCAGAAAUUGUCCCUUGGUAGACAUCAGAAAACUCACACAGGGGAGAAGCCAUUUCCAUGUACAGAAUGCGAGAAAUGUUUUAGUCAUGAAACACAGCUCAUUAGACAUUUAAGAGUUCACACAGGGGAGAAGCCGUAUUCAUGUUCAGUAUGUGGGAAAUGUUUCACCUGUCAAUCGAGUUUCAUUCGGCAUCGUAGAAUUCACUCACGGCAGAAGUCAUUUUAAUGUUUAGAUUGUAGUAAAUGUGACAGAUUGUGAGCAUUAUUGCAGGAUUAGCGGCCUAAUAAUGCCUACUGAUGUAUAACUUAACCCUUUAAGAAUUUGUGUCAAAAGUACUCAAAAGAUCAGCACUAAACUAUUGCCAUGUUCUUAUCCCAUGGGCACUGGUAUUGGGCCAGCAAGAACAGGACUACAGCUGUAAUACACAAGUAUCAUCCAGCUUAAACUGUGAUUGGUGAUCUGUUUUUUUUAACUCCCUGUCUGCUGUGAUCGCAGCUGAUUGAUGCAUAGAGGGGGGACUCAAAGGGGCAACCCGUUCGACUUCAUUCACACUUCAUUAUGUAAAUACUGAAGCAACGCUGUCAUCCUGGUGAUCAGGAGAACAUUUACGAUCAGUAUAUAUUUCCUAAUAAAGACAAAAAAAGAAAGGCCCCAUUCACACGAUGGUAUUUUUGAUCUGCAUCUGAUCCGCAUUUUUGGGGGAUUGGAUGUGGUUGCUCUUAUUUUAAAGGGGCCGGAAAAAAUCAUAUGUCUGUUCUGCAGUCCCCAAAAAAAGAUAGAACGUGUCCUAUUCUUGUCAAUUUUGCAGACAAGAAUAGGCAUUGUUACAAUGGGUCAGCAAAAAAAAAUGGAUAAAACAGACGUCAUCCAUAUUUUUUGCGGAUUUGCGUUUUGCUGACCGCAAAAUACAUAUGGCCAUGUGAAUGUACUCUUAAAUUAUCACAUGGAAGGAGAAUUUCUUUAACAGAACUUUGGACAAUAUUGAAUAUUAGGUAUGGACCUAAAUAUAUAUAACUGUCCCUAUAUAUUGUAGAACCGCUUCUGACUGUCUCCCUGCCGUCUACGCUUACUGUCAGUAGUGAACGCUGACUGCCCGCUCUCCUGCAUCUCCCGGUGGCUAGCUAGUUAUCCACUGGAAUACAGAAAAUCAUAGACUGUCAGCGUGGCACUUGCGCCUGAGAUUGUAAAAAUGGCAAGGAGACAACUCAGUUGGUCUUAAUUAGAAAUGUUUGGCCGUUUCUGAGAUACAAGAGUUAACAAGUCAGUCUGUAAGCUGUCCCUUUGUGUUGUCUUUGAAUCCCAUCAUCUGAAGGCUCAUGUAGAGUCUUUGAUCUCUUUACUUCAUAAACACUCAUUAUAGCUCAAUUCUUAUCAAACUGGUAAGAAUGUGGCUUAAAUAAGUAUUUUUAUGUCAUUAGGUGAGAGAUAAGUUCUACAUUAGCCAUCAGCUGACGGGAUUCAAAGAAAACACAAAGUGACAGCUUCCAAGCAGACUCCUUUUUAACUUUUGUAUCCCAGAAACUACUGAGCAUUUUUAAUAAAGACCAAUUGGAAAAAUGAUUUGUAGUCCAAAAUGAGUAUAAUGCAAUCGUAAAAAAAAUGCCUCCAAAGGUGCACAUAAGUAAUAAGAGCCAGUUUUUUCAUAGAAAUGUACAAAUUCACUUAAUAAAUUAUAUUACAAAAACAUUCCUUGUCACUUCCCCUACACAUUACAAAAAAAAAAAUUUAGAUGACAGUUACACUUUAAAUAUCCUUGAAGUUUUGAUUUAACAUGAAAUUUCAUUUAUGAGUCACUGAUUGAGCCUUUCUGUGUUUAGUCACCUGCCAUGCUGAUUUCUAUUGGACAGUCAAGUACAAAUUGAUGUGCGAUGGCUAACCUCUGGCACUCCAGCUGUGGUGAAACUACAACUCCCAGCAUGCUCCAUUAAUUUCUAUGGAGUUCUGAGAACAGCAAAGCAAGUAUGCAUCUUGGAAGUUGUAGUUUUACCACAGCCUAAGGUUAGCCAUCACAGUUAUAGGGCAUGGUCACACGGCAUUGUGUGAUUUACAUGCAGCAAGUUUUUGUACGGUAAAGCCACACGUGGUAUAAAUUCUGCAGAUUUUCUCCACUGGAGUAUAGUGCGCCAAAUACUACAUCAUUUACAGUAGAAGUCAAUGAGAUUUCUCAUCCUUGCACUGUCCACAGUAGAAACAGACUUGCACUGCACGUUUUCAAUAUGCAGUUUUGCCCUUUUUGGGAAUUGUGCUUUGGAUAUUUUUGUUCAGGAUGCUUUAUAUUGAUUUUAGCAAGAAAAUGAUUAGUUUGUAUGUAGAAAAGAUGCAGUUAUAUUCAUCUCCUGGCACUGAAUUGUGUUGUAGAAAUAAAAAUG